ACCAUGGCAAACAGUAAUACAGGAAGACACGAGCGCCUUGGACAUGUAUUCUUGCAAAACGAAGGAUCUGGGCCUGGUCGGGUGUCUGUAGUAGUUUAUCCCUCCCGUCCGACUCAUUGAAGAACUCUUCGUCCAGCUUGAGGAUUUAACAUUAGACACUUGAAGAGAGGCAUAGUGGCUCCCCCCACUGGUGGUGGCUGGGAUCACUUUACUUUUGGGGACCAGUGGAAGACGCACAUUUCUUAAUGGCUUAACAAAAAUAGAUGGCUAAUCAGACACCUGGAGAACAUCUGCUUGAAGUUGCAAGUAGGUGAGGUUUUGAUUGGCUGAGGUUUGAGAAGCAAGGCCUCACGAAUCAGACCACAUGGAGGUCAAAGGGCGUCUCAUCACAUCCAUGGGUGUGGGGUCUCCAGAUCAGGACAGCAAGCUGCAAGCUGAGCGCAUCUCCGCACUACAGGAGAGAAAGCAAAUCCUGGAGGACAUCCUCAGCAUCCGAAUGGGAGAGCUGAGACAAGUGUGUCUGCUGGAGGCGGAGCUGACCGGGAUGGUCCCACAUGCUUUUCCCCUGGAGACAGGAGAGAGAGCUCCUGUUGUACAGCGCAGGGCUGGACUGGCACAUUACAACACCAAGGGAGAGGAUGAGUCAGGUCAGCGAAGGCAGAUGAAAACACUCUUCAGUGGGGCUCUGUACAGACACUCAGAGUCAGACAGGAAUGUCCCCAACAGCAGGAGGACCGUCCACCGGGGAUGCCACACAGAGGACACAGUGAUGUCGGAGAGUACUAGCUCCAUGUCAGAUUCAACGUGUCAUGACAAUGAGGAGUCCUCUCCCAGUGUGGCAGAAGACCACCGCUCCAUGUCCCAGCCCCGUCUGGGCAGCCCAGACCACCAGGUCUGUAGGAAACUGUCCCCAGUGGAGAUAUACUAUGAAAUGAGAACACGCCGUAACUCUGUGACCAGCUCUAUCAGCCCUAGUCAUUCUCUACCAAGGAGUGCAUCUAAUGUUGAAGGCAGAAGUGUUCCUGCUACACCCCUCCUCUCCCGAACCGCUCCAAUCAGUGUUCAUGUCAGAUCAGAUGACUCUGGUGGGAUUUCACUAAAGCAGUGGUCUGGCAGCCUGGAUGUACCACAUAUAGAGCCCCUGGCCCAGGAAGGCUCCUCCUCGGAGCGCAGAGGCUGCCCUUACAGCUCCCGUGCCCGGCGGAGCAACAGUUCUGAGGCCCUGCUUGACCGCUCCAGUCUCCCCGAGGACCCAGCCCCCAGGAAUGGGAUGCCCCCCAGAGGAGGGCCUUACAAAAGUUCUGAGGCCCUCACUGACGGCAAGCUGAGGCACAUCCACCUGGGCAGUCCUGAGAGUCAGGAGCAGGCCAACCUGCGGCUGUCCAUGGGUGGGAGAGUAGAAGCAGCAGAAGGAGGGGGUUACAACGAGCUCCUAAUGGAUUACAUCUGGGGAAAGCAACAGAGGAUGCAAGUGCAACACCAGCUGUACCAAUCAACAGGUAGAAUCUGGCAGGACAUUUCCUCUCCUCGAUCGUCCACUGCUGCAGUGUCUCCUCCCGCCAAUGGCUUCUCCCACUCCCAGGUGCAUCUUCCCAGCGCUACUCCUUCCUACAGUCCCAGAGUGAUCCAUAGCUCCCAGGCAGAGCCUCGCAGAGUCAAAGUCACUCGGACCAAGUCCUGCGGACCCUUCAUCCCCCUGCAGCAGGACGCCAUCCUGCUCUCUGCCUAUGAGUCUCCCCACCCUGCCCCAAGCUCCAAUACCUCCUCCAUUCCCAACCUGCACCCCUUCCAGACUGAGCUGUCCGGCCCAUCAUUCAAUCGCAGGCCUCCCCAGUUCUCUCUCCCCACCCCUGAGGACUCGACGAGGAGUCUGCAUAAAGCCUUGGCGCUGGAGGGUCUCAGAGACUGGUAUCUGAGGAACGCCCUCGGCUACCCUACCACUACAUCGAAGGGGCAUGAUGCAGGGGUCUCCCGUCUCUCAUACCCCCACCCUUUGGUGCACCAGGCUCAGUCUAUACAAGGUGAUCCACUCCAUAGGUCCCAGAUGUCUCAGUCAGCCAGCUUCCAUGGCCACCCACUGCAUGGAAGGUCAAUGGAGUUCUCACUCUAUCAAGAGCCCAUUCAUCCUCAGAUGCAAGACAUGACAACAAAGGAGCCCAGUGCUGACCCUGGCACUUUGGUCUGAUGUAGCUGAAUAUAUAUUCAAACACACACGUGCACAGACAGACAGGCAGACAGACAGACAGAGGCAGGCAGGCAGGCAGGCAGGCAGGCAGGCAGGCAGGCAGGCAGGCAGGCAGGCAGGCAGGCAGGCAGGCAGGCAGACAGACAGACAGACAGACAGACAGACAGACAGACAGACAGACAGACAGACAGACAGACAGACAGACAGACAGACAGACAGACAGACAGGCAGGCAGGCAGGCAGGCAGGCAGGCAGGCAGUAAAAGGAGCUGAUAUAAGGUGACCUCACAAGCUAAGGCAGGCAGGCAGGCAGGCAGUAAAAGGAGCUGAUAUAAGGUGACCUCACAAGCUAAAAAAACAAACAUUACAACCACAGCAGAAAAAGACUGUAAAGCCGUUCUGAAUGCCCUCUGUUGAAAAUGAGCCCACCAACUUUUGACCCCUCGAUCGCAAAGCAAGAAAUGGAUUUGCACUGGAGCUGUCCCAGGGGUCACAGAAUAUAUUGUUAUUCUGUAGCUACUGUAUUGUAUUCUAUCGUUGGUCAGACCCAAGCCACAUGUAACAAACAUCCUCGUUGUUUAACCUAACAAAUCUCCCAAUAUAUAAUUUUUUACAGAAUAAAGUAUAUGUAUUCUAAAUUACUAUUUUGUAUCUUCUGAGAUAUAAAGAAUAGUUAUAAAAAGAGGUAAUUUAGUGUUUUGUGAUUUACAAAAAUAUAUAAUGAACUCAUAUCAACUAAAAAGUAUUUAAACACACCAGUGAACGUGUAAAUUAGCCUGUUUGUAAACAUUAAUAUAUAUGUCUUAUCUCUUCAUCUGUCCAUCAAACAUACACAUUUCAACUGUGCUUGCUAUUUCUCAUGUUUUUCAAGCGAACACAAAUCCUUUCAAAGCUUGGUCUUCAAUCAACAAAUGAAAGAAAUUCCUGUUGUUGCCAAAUUGUUGUUUCAUGCAAGCUCUUUUUUUCUGCAUUUCCUAAGAGUCCAGCUGGUGAAAGGACAUAAUAGCCAAGUUCAGAUAAAAACCUGAGGACUUUUAGAGGUCUAUGACAGUCGUUUAAUGAACUUUCUAUUCAUUUCUAUUCAUUCAGUUGCGUAGCAUGUUUUCCUUCAGGGCACUUUAUGAACUUCAAAAGCCUUAACCAAUUGCAGUAGUGGGAUGGGGAAAUUGUCCCCAAGAGAGAACACACUAAAACCAGAAAAUGGUUGACAGCGUAUGAAUUUUGAGCAAAUAAGAAAAGUGUUACCAUGUUCAAGUCUACGUCAAGGUGGAAGUUUUGUGGCCCAUUUGGACAUUCACGAUCAAAGUGAUGUCGUGUAUAAUAUUAUGUAUUUAUAAGAUUGUAACAACAUUAUCAACAAUAAACCGCAUAUUUGGAUCUGUAUGUAUCAUGAUAAUAAGCUAGAUUUGAUUCUAAAUUCCUUUAUAAACUGAUGUCAACUUAAUGUGGAGAAAUGAAAAGGGGUCGAACUAGAACAGCGCUAGGGGAUGGGACUGUUGGCAUGAGCAGGCCUUAUGUCAGAACUCAUAAAUGUGGUAGUAUGAGAUUACGUUUCCAUUGUAUCAUGUAAUACGCUACUCCUAUUGGUGGCAAAAUGUUAUCAUAAUGGUAAAAUUAUUUGAAGUAAUUAAUGCCAUUCCCAUAUACCACCGCAAUUCAAGAAUGGCUCUUUUAUAAGCUUCCCAUGACAUGUGCUUGUUUGUUCUUGUGUAUCUUAGGUUCAUGAUUAUACCGUUAUAAAAGGGCAUCACUAACAACUUGAAUGGUAGGAAAUGAAUACCUCUGGAAAGAAAUGUAUGAGUAGCUAAUAAUGAUCUUUCAUUUUAACGGAUUAAUGUCAUGGCUUCAUCUAUUGACAUGUUUUACAGGUAAAGCUAUUCCUUUUAUCUCAAGUACCUUUAAUGGAAUGUUAUAUUGGUUUUAAAUGUUGGUGUUUUCACAUUCAAUAGUUUGUGUGUGAAUUUCUUCAAGCUAGUCUAAACCUGAAACUGAUGACCAAACUGCUGUGCAUUGGGGGUUGUAAAUGUAUUUUUCAGGUGAUGUACUUAUGUCUGUAAAACAUAAAUGAAUAUACAUUUUGCUUGAAGGAAAUUUAUCCAGAAUAUAUAUUGUAUAUUUAUGAACUUAUAACAUUUUGUAUCUAUUUGUGAAAUACAUCAUAAAACUGUCAUAAAACCCAUUCAGCACCAGCCAGAGAAGUGUGGUGUUAACUAAUAUUUACAAGUGUAUUAGUUGUAGCUUUUUGAAGAAAGAGUUAUGUUGAUUGACUGGAAUUGUUUGUGACAUAUUGACUGAAAUCCCUAUUUGUUUUUCUCCUGAUAUUUUUUUCAUCCUAUGUCCAUAUUUCAAAGGGGUGAGAAAUACUGUACAGUUUAUGUUUGAGGAGGAUGGGGUACAUUCAUUGAUAUUUUUUAAAUAAAGUAUCAUCAUGGUAAUUCUUGGACUGGAGUCAUUUAAAAAACUA